AUGUUUUUGUUUUUGGCUUCGAUCUUCGAAGCGGCCUUGAUGUUGCUGGAACCGGCCUACAGGACUUAUAAAUAUCUAAGGACCACUGAAACGACGUCCCAAGACGAAGAAUAUCAGGACGAUGAGGAGGAGAGCCGGGAGCUGUUCACGCACUGGGUCGUGUACGCCGCCGUCCGAAUGGUCGACUGCGCGCUCUGUUCCUGGAUGCCCCUGUUCGGAUUGACUAAAAUCGCGGGAAUCGUGUGGCUGCGUGCCGGCGGCAUCCAGAAGUGUUAUCAGGCGUUUGUCGGGCCGUUUUUAGACGACAACCAGCUGGUCAUCGACGAUUGGUUGGAACGGUACGACCAGGUCAAGAACUCGAUGGUCAACACGACCACGGCUCUGACAUCGGCCGCAACCGACAUGGCCGCUGGCGCGGUCGCCGGUGUCACUGUUCCCGCUCCGCAGUCACCACCGCGGACACCCGUGUCGUCGUCGCCACCGAGGACGCCCGAGGAAGGCGUGCACGUCACCUGA